AUGGCUGCUUCAUCUUCCUCCUCCUCUUUGCUGCCCCUCCUCCUCCUCUUCCUCACCGUCGCUGUGGAGUCGAGACCUUCACGUCAACGAGACGACAAACAGGUCUUACACUCUCUGUUCGGCUCUCGACUCUCUUCUCUCAUCUUGGCCCCUCCCACAUCUGAUGACAUCACAGAGGGCUCCGCCGGACGCCCCGCCCCCUCCUCCUCCUCCUCGUCUCCCUCCUGGGCAUUGGCUGCGAGUCGCGGUGCUGCGAGGGGAUUGGCCGGCAGACAUCAGGAGGCGGUCCCGCGGUUCUUCCUGGACUUCCUCCGGAAACAGUCCAAGGUGAGGAGGCGGAGCAGGAAGUCCAUGGUCGGGGGGGGGAGAGGAUGCUUCGGGAUGAAGAUGGACCGCAUCGGAUCCAUCAGCGGCCUGGGCUGUUAGAGACGCGUCGCCGUGGUGACCCGCAUGACCUCUGACCUCCAGAGGCUUCAUGUUGGAACUUUACUAACAAAGGACGAAACUAAAGGAACCGUACACAGGUAGACGUCCUACCGGUGA